AAACCACGCCUCCCCCUCCGCGCGCGCGGGCGCUCCUGUGCCAGCAGCGUGGGCCGAGGUGGAGGCGAUGGCCGAGGAGCAAGAUGUCCGCUUUGUCACCGAGGAGAGCUUCGACUUCGGGUUCCUGUCCCCUUCUGACAGCCGGGAGGAAGAGGAUGAGGAAGAGGAGGAGCAGAGCCCGGGGGGGGCCGGGGGGGGCAGCGGGCGCUGGAGCCCCCUGAGCGGAGCCCGUCUGGAGGAGAUGAUGCGUGAGGCCACCAGGCUGGCGGCACAGCUGGAGCGGUGUCACCUCCCCCCCGCGCAGCCCCCAGACCCCUCGGACACCCCCCGCAGCCCCCGCAGCCCCCGCCGCCAAACCUUCGUCAUCAAGGACAGCCCCGUGCGGGCGCUGCUGCCGACGGUGGAGCCCCGGGGACCCCCCCCCGCCCCCGACCCCCCCCCCAAGCCCCGCGGUGCCACCGCUGCCACCAGUGUCCCCAGCACCCCCCCCAGCUGUCACCCCACAGCAGCACCGAAGGGACCCCCCGGAGGCAGGGUGCUCCCCCCAAGCCGGGUGGGUGCCCCCCGGCCUUGCCCCCCCCCGCAGGGGGCUGUGACCCGCGGUAAAUCCGAGUCCCCCCGGGUGGGGACAUCAGGGACCAGCACUGCCGGGGGGGGACAACCCAAGCUGAGGGGGGGCACCACCCCCCUGCCCCCACCCCCCACUCGCCAGCCCCCCCGCAGCAGGGUCACCGCUGUCCCCUCCGGUCACCCCCCCGCCCCCAGUGCCAUCCCCAAGGCCCCCGGCCGGACCCCGGCGGGGGGGACACAAGCACCCAGAGGUUCAGGGGCAGCACGGGGGCCCCCCCCGGCCGCUGGCUCAGGGUGCAAACCGGGCCCCCCCCCCAGCCGCCUCCGCCCCCCCCGGAAGGCAGCGGUGAGCAGCACCCCGAGGUGA